UUUGUAGGAACGAAUUUGUUCAAGGUCUCGUAUUCUCGUCGAAAUAGACUGUUGUUCAUGAAUAGCAAGUACGCAGAAAGAGGAUGUAUUUAAGAAGUAAUAAAAAAAACCCAUCAUUAAACUACAGGAAAAAUUAAAUAUGAAAAGGCAAUGGAAACCCCAAAGGUGUCAUCACUUUACACGCGUACAUAAUAUACUGGCAUUAGCAUACCAGUCCUCAAGACGUCCAGUCUGUUUCAAUUAGCUCAGUAAGAGAUUUGUUUGAAUGGUUUAAAGAUAAGCAAAGAAAAAAAGAAAAAAAUCAAUUAGAGAUUUGAUUUAUUUUUUCGUUUGGCUUUGAGUUGACUAAACUAGUAUCCAUCUCACCGAACUUAAGGCGUAGCAUUAUCGAAACCAGAGAAAGAAGAAUUUGAAGCAUUCCAAUGAAUCCCUAUCGCCCUUAUGUGUUAGCAAACAAUUUAGAAGUAAACUCACCAACGGUAACCCAGCCAGAGUUUGAGCCGGAAUUCCAAUUCAAUGGUAACGAAAUUUUUAAUGCUAUAAAGAGUGCUUUAGUCACUAAAUAUUUGACUACGUUCUUAAUACACCCGUUGGAAGCUGCGAAAACCAUCUGCCAAGUAGAAGCAUAUGUACCGAAAGACAAGCCUGCACGUUCCAAAUCCAUUUCGGAUAGAGAAGAAGAAACCGAAACGAAUAGCUAUCAUCAUGAUCAGUUUUCAGAUGUUAGUGAUGAUGAACAAGAAAUUCACGCGUAUUUUGAAAGUCCUUCCCUGGAUACUAUUGUUAACAAGGAGGAGCUGAAAGAACAGAUAUGCGUUGAGCCAUCUGGAUAUGUCAACACGUCUGCACAUUCCGAUGCCCUUAAAAGCUACACUAUUUCUCCAAGCCGCUACUCAAUCAAAAGCAUUAUUUCAUCCCUCUGGGAAAAGGAAGGUGCGAAGGGCUUAUGGAAAGGACAUACGGUCGCUUUUCUUCAUAAUCUCUUGAAUUCCGGACUGCAGACUUGGCUUUCUGCAACUCUUUCCGGGUUCCUUUCCAUUCCAGAUCCCAACAUUAUUCCACCUGUGGACUCUGUUCGCCCACUAUCCUCGGUGUUUGUGAAGUCUUUUUCUUCUGCGAUAUCUGCGCUUAUUCUAUCACCUUUGGAUAUUGCAAGGACAAAAAUUAUUCUUUUCCCAAUUACUUCUUCCUCAGAAUCGACGGACCCAACUUCUUCAGAUUCAUCUAAUUCCUCCGAAAAAAAAUCGCUAUCGACUCUUCGUUGUCUCAAAUCUAUACCUUCAUAUUGUCCUUCCUUUUUAGUUGUCCCUACUGUGUGUUAUGCAAGCCUUCCAUCCGCUAUCUCCUCUCUAUUGCCUAUUGCGUUUAGAAACUUAUUAGGAUCCUCCUCUUUCCUAGAUUCUUUUGUUGGAUUUACUAUUUCUUCUCUGCAAUUUGCCUUGCAGAUUCCACUGGAAACUUGCUUAAGAAGAGCCCAGGCCCAAUAUCAAUGUAAUUUACCUCCUCAGACCAUAGUCCCUCUUGGGCGUUAUGCAGGUAUUACUGGUACAGUGUGGUGUUUACUUUGUGAAGAAGACCCUGGCCGUUUUGGAAUUGAAAGUUUAUAUCGUGGUUGGAGAGUUGGAGUUUGGGGUGUUACAAGCGCUCUGGCUUUGAAUGUUUUAUCUUCAAAUCUCAGUGAAGAGGUAGAGUUCUGAGCUUUUACAUUGUAUUGUAAUAAUUUUAGUGUUAUACCGAAAAUUAAUAAAAGUUGUUGAACUAAGUA